AUGGAUACUCUCUUUUCUUCCAAAUUUUUGUUUUGUGGCUUCUUUUUCUUCUUUGUUUCACUUGAUUGUAUCUUAUGUACUGAUAAAAAGCUUUUCCAAGAUGGUCUCGGAAACUACUUCCAACUUGCUCUCCCUGGAGUCGUUGGACCAGAAAGCAUUGCCUUUGAUUGCAAUGGCAAAGGGCCAUAUGUUAGCGUCUCGGAUGGCAGGAUCCUGAAAUGGCAAGGAGCUAAUCCUGGCUGGACAGAAUUUGCUGUCUCUUCACCUCAAAGGGAUAGACAGAUGUGUGAUGGCUCAACAAACAUCGAACUGGAACCAGUGUGUGGAAGACCACUAGGCAUCAAAUUCAACCCUGCAACUUGUGAUCUCUACAUUGCAGAUGCCUACUAUGGGCUCCUAGCAGUAGGACCAAACGGUGGGGUGGCCACACAACUUGCUGCGUCAGCUGAGGGAGUCCCCUUCAGAUUCAUGAACGCUUUGGAUAUCGAUUCCGAAACAGGAGUAGUUUAUUUCACAGACAGUAGCAUUUAUUUCCAAAGAAGGGAAUAUUUGCUGGCAAUCAUAAACGCUGAUAAAACUGGAAGAUUAAUGAAAUAUGAUCCAAAACGCAAAAAAGUGACAGUACUGCUCAAAGGCUUAGCGUUUCCAAAUGGAGUGGCCCUAAGCAAGGACAAUUCAUUUCUUCUAGUUGCCGAAUCAGGUACAAUGCGAAUAUUGAAGUUUUCCCUUGUGGGUUAUGAAAUACAAGGACAAGAAACUUUUAUUCAACUCGGAAGAUUCCCUGAUAACAUCAAGAGGACUGCUGAUGGAGAAUUUUGGGUUGCACUAAAUACUGGAAGAGGAAGGAUUCGAAGAUUGGAUGCCACAAAACUACAACAGGAAACUGCUAUCCAUUGGUUUGUGGAUGAUCCUGUAGCAGUUAAACUUACUGCAGGUGGUAAAGUGGUUAAUAUAUUGAAUGGAAAUGGUGGCAAUGCUCUUGAUUCUGUUAGCGAAGUUGAAGAAUAUAGAGGCCUUUUGUGGAUAGGAUCUUCCAUGAAGCCUUAUGUUGGUUGCAUCAAGAAUCAAAAUUAA